GUCCAGGUGCAAACACCAGGUGAUCCUGCCCAGAGAAGAAGUUGAGUGCUGUUCUUAGUCAGGAGCCAUGUGGCUGGAGAUCCUUCUGGUGGGAGUGUUGAGCUUCGCCAUCUACUGGCUGCUCUUCCGGGACAAGGAGGAAACGCUGCCCCUGGAGGAUGGCUGGUGGGGCCCCGGGGCUCAACCGGCGGCGGGCAAGGAGGAUGAGAGCAUCCGGCCCUUCAAGGUGGAAACUUCCGACGAGGAAAUCAAGGACUUGCACGAGAGGCUGCAGAGGGUGCGCCUAACCCCGCCUCUGGAAGACAGUCGCUUCCACUACGGGUUCAACUCCGACUACCUGAAGAAAGUCAUCUCCUACUGGAAGGACGAAUUCGACUGGAGGAAGCAGGUGGAGAUUCUCAACAAAUACCCUCACUUCAAGACGAAGAUUGAAGGCCUGGACAUCCACUUCAUCCAUGUGAAGCCCCCACAUCUGCCCGCUGGCCGCAAAGCCAAACCCUUGAUGAUGGUACAUGGCUGGCCCGGCUCCUUCUAUGAGUUCUACAAGAUCAUCCCCUACCUGACGGACCCCAAGAGCCAGGGCCUGAGUGACGAGCAUGUGUUUGAGGUUAUCUGCCCUUCCAUCCCCGGCUACAGCUUCUCACAGGCUUCCUCCAAGAAAGGCUUCAACUCUGUGGCCACCGCCAGGAUCUUCUAUAAGCUGAUGCUGCGUCUGGGCUUCCAGGAAUUCUACGUGCAGGGCGGGGACUGGGGGGCCCUGGUCUGUACCAACAUGGCCCAGCUGGUGCCCAGCCACGUGCGAGGCCUGCACUUGAACAUGGCUCUGAUUGCAAAGAACUCCCGCAUCCUGACCCUGCCUCUGGCGCGCUACUUCCCGGGCUUGCUGGGCUACAAGGCGAGAGACCUGGAGCUGCUGUUUCCCUUCAAGGAGAAGGUUUUCUACAGCAUCAUGCGGGAGAGCGGCUACAUGCACAUCCAGUGCACCAAGCCGGACACUGUGGGCUGUGCUCUGAACGACUCCCCUGUGGGGCUGGCGGCCUACAUCCUGGAGAAGUUCUCCACCUGGACCAACUCUGAGUUCCAAAACCUGGAAGACGGAGGGCUGGAGAGGAAGUACUCCCUGGACGACCUGCUCACCAACAUCAUGCUGUACUGGACCACGGGCAGCAUUGUCUCCUCGCAGCGCUACUACAAGGAGAACCUGGGCCAGGGCUUAAUGGCCAACAAGCACGACAGGAUAAACGUCUACGUGCCCACCGGCUUCGCCGCCUUCCCAUGUGAGCUGUUACACCUGCCGGAGAGCUGGGUGCGGACCAAGUACCCCAAGCUGCUGUCUUACAACUUCAUGCCCCGCGGGGGCCACUUCGCCGCCUUCGAGGAGCCCGAGCUGCUGGCUCGGGACAUCUACAAGUUCGUGACGCUGCGGGAGCGGCAGUGAGGCCGUGGGGACCAGCUGCACCCCUGCCCGCCUGCACAACCCCACCACCCCCGCACACCCUACCCGAAGUGACACAGCUUGGUAAUAAAUGGCUUUACUGAAUAA